AUGACGGAGGGCAAGUUCAGUGUUGGUGGAUUUGAGUUGAAUGGACUCACAACUGGACUUUGGGAAGAGCGUUUAAUUUUACCAAGUUUUGGAUCUGAUGAUUCCUGGGCUAAUGAACACAAUGAAAACAGAAGUAAUGAUGGGCAAAACAACUCGAGACAUUGUGAUAGUAAAGCAAAACUUGAAAAAGCCACCAAUACUGAAAAAGGCGAUCUAAAUGCUAGGAGUAAAAGAGAUAGUGACGGUGAAGCGAAACAUCAAGAAGUUAAGGAUGAUGAAGAAAACAGUAAAGACGCUGGUGAUGAUGAAGAAAAAAAUACUCAAGCUAGCAACGGUGGAACAAAGGGUAAAAAGGCUAGCGAUUGUGUACAAAAUACAAAAACUAACGAAGGUGGAGCAAAGCUUGAAAAGACAUGUGUUGGAGAAGAAAACAUGAAAGCCAGUGAUUCUCGGGAAAAGUAUAAAAAAGCUGAUGAUGGUAGAGAAAAUAACAUAGAAAUUAGCGACAAUGAUGACAAUAUGAACAAGGCUACGGAUAAUUUUAAAAACGACAUGAAAGCUAUUGAUUCUGGAACAAAGCGUAGAAAAGGUGAUGAUAGCAAAGAUAAUAGAAUAGAAACAAGCAAUAGUCAUAAAAGCAAGAACAAGACCAGCGAUGGUGGAGCAGGACAUCAAAAAGCUAGUGAUGAUGGAGUUGGACAUGAAAAAGCUAGCGAUGGUGGAGCAGGAGAUGAAAAAGCUUGCGAUUGUGCAGUAGAACAUGAAAAAGCUAGCGAUUGUGAAGUAGGACAUAAAAACUAUAGCGAUGGUGGAGUAGGACAUAAAAAAGCCAGCAAUGGUGGAGUAGGACAUAAAAAAGCUAAUGAUGAAGAAGUAGAACAUGAAAAUCCUGUGUGGGUUUCCUAA